UUGACUUGACAGUGAGAGUUUACGGGGUUAGUAGGGGUCCUGCUGAUGUAGUGGGUUGAUGGGUGAAACCCACCAGCUGCUCCAAGGGAAAUGAUACGCUGGCUGCUGCUGUAAAGAUUGGCCACCCCAGAAACCCUAGAGAGCCAUUCUACUCUAGCCCCCAGAGCCACCUUGAGUCAGAGUCCACUCCAGGGGACUAAAGUUUUCACUGAGUCAUUAAGGAGUCCUGGUGGGUUAGGUACUGAGCUGCUAACCACAAACCCCCGAUCUUGUCGCUCGGGGUCAGAAUGACCUUGAUGGCAGUGGGUGAGCAGUUAAUCACAUGCAUCAGAUGACUGGGCUCCUCCACCAGAAUCUUGGGCUUUGGGAAGAUUUUAAAAAGUCAAUUUUCCCAUUCUUUGCCCAUUUCAAGCGUGGAUCCCAGUUUUUAUCUGACACCAUUGCCCCUGAAGUACCUCCCUUAGUAUUUCAUGAGGCACAGUUUUUAUAGCAGAAGUAGUCUCAGCAUUUGUGUGUUGCAAGUGUGUAUUUCACCUUCAUAAAGAGCCCUGGUGACACUGUCAGGUAACUGUUGGGCUGCUAACCCCAAGGUUGGCAGUUCAAACUCAGAAUCAACUAAAGGGCAGUGGCUUAUUAGAGUAUAGAUUUGAAGGUAGAUUUUUUGGUUUGUUUUUCCUUUUAGCAAUUUGAAAUGUGAUGCUGUUUUCUUGGCUUGCACAUUUUCGGAGAAGGGAAAAAAAACCAAAUGUGUUAGCAGUUCUUACCUUUACUAUUCUCUAUGCUGUAAAGUUUUCUUUUAUCACCGGUUUUCAGCCAUCCACUUAGGAUGCCUUUGCGAAUGCGCCUUGGGUGCUACUGUGGUGUAGGGUUUGGGCUGGUCACCUGGCCUGAUUGGCAAUUCAGACCCACCAGCCACUGCUGGAGGCAGGUGAGGUUGGUUUUUCCAGGGAAGAUUUACAGUCUAAGCAGCAGUUCCAGUCUGGCUUAACUCCAUGACGUGUGUGUGUGCGCGCACGCGCGCGUGUGUGUGUGCGCGCCUUAAUCUUGCUAGGGAUUGUUUGGGGAUUUUUGAUUGUAUGUUUAUAGUGUCCAACUAAUUUUGGGAAACGUUAUCAUCCACUAUGUCUUCAGCUCCAUUUUUCUGUCCCCUUCAACCAUUCCUUACUUUCCCCAAGUCCAACUGUAUAUACAAGAGGACUUUUAAAAGUUCCCAGAAACAUGGAGUUCAAAAGAUAAAGGGAUUUCCCCGACAAACUUUUUAGAGCCGCCUUUGUAUGGUAAACCAUUUACAAUGAUCAUAACCAAGGUCUCAGUGAUGCUGUUUGUAUUAUUGAAAAUGUUUUCUCUCCACUUCAUUUUGGGAGAGUUUCUAUUGUAUUCAGAUUCUCCUGUGAUGUCUAAUCUCUCAUCAACAACCAGUACCCUCUUCCUUUCAGAUAUUAAAUGUUCUUAACCUCUAGAAGUUCCGCUUGGUUUUUAUUAUUUUUCAUUUCUCUCAAUGCUUUUGUUUUUCUUAAAAUACUUACAGCUCAGUGAUCUGGCCCGUUAACCUUUGUUGUUAGUUCUAGCAGCGGGCACUUCGGGAUCUGUGUGUCUGUUGGCUGGUUUUUCUCCUUGUCCAGGAGUCCCAUUUUCCGGCUACCUGGCACAUCAGUAUUCUUUGGUGGGGCGUUGGGCUUGGUGCAUGUCAUGCUGCUGAAGGCCUGGAUUUUUGUGCCUCCGUUGGAGCGUGUUAGACUCUGGGGAGCAGUGAUCUGUGGAUCUGUAUGAACCUAGGAGGCCAUGGUUAAGGUUUCCUACCACAUAGCUUGUGCGCCAUUGGCUCCGUAGAUGCAUAAACCCUACAGCUGAGGCAUAAGACCUCGGGGCUGUCUAUGGAAUGCUCUACGUGAUCAUUCUGCUCUGCCCAUCUGUUUGGACAGAGCAUCAUGAAUCUCACAGCAAGGUCUUUCAGUUCUCUGGGUUUUGUAGUCCUUGAACUGGUGUGCAAAUGCUAUUUUGUCCUUUAAUUAGAAAUUGAAUUAAAGUGACCUGCCCUAAGGACAGUGGCCACUGUGUUCCUGUUCCUUUCAUGCAUGUCUCAGUUAUGAUCUUGUAAGACUUCAUCUGCUCUGAGACUUGGAAGGAAUGUGUACAUACUGUUCCGAGGUUUUAUUUGGUAACUUAGUUUUGAGGGUCUUCUUUGAAGCCUGUUUUCCCAGUUGUAAGCUCUUGGGUUGGCUUCUCAUUUUGUCCACUCCGUGUUCUCUGCAGAUUCCUCCCUGUCCCUGGCGGAGUGCUUUAGUGGCGUGUGGCCUGGUUCUGUGUGCCACUCUCCCCUCCUGUGGCCUGACCAAGUUGCGAAGACACGCUCCUUUCCUGGUUGUUUCUUCUGUGUUGGUCUUGAGUUGCUUGCGGCUUGAAAGAGGACUGUCUCGAGUCAGUCCCCCACACCUGGUGGCCCUCCAGUGUCUCCCUGUGCCUCACCUGCCUUCAGGAACACUCGGGCUGGUCACUGAGUGAGAAGAUUCAACAAGAUGUGAAAAGGAGUCCCCAUCUCAUCCCGGGGAACCCAGAAACAGGGCUGCUGUCACUCAUGGCUCUUUUCACUCUCCUUAGCGCCGCCUGCUCCCCAAGGUCUUGCCCUUCCCCAGGACGGAGCCCCGGGAGACCAGGUCCUGGCAGUCCCUCUUGAGAUGUUGGCGGCCCAGGAUCCAGUGACAUUUGACGGUGUGGAGCAGUACAUGACCAAAAGGGAGUGGUUGAGCCUGGACCCUGAGCAGAAGACACUGGACUACUUUGGAAACGUGACCUCUGUGGCAGGGGUUCCUGAUUUGAACCCAGCCUUGGUGCCUCCCCAGGUGCAAGGACAAGUCUUGUUGGUCUCAGACCCAUCUCUCAUCACAGGGCAAGCUAAACAUUCCGAAACCGUUUCCACCACUCAACGUGAGACGAUGGGUGAGGAUGCCCAGCUCCCCAAAACAGCAUCCACCAGCUCCCCUGAGCUCAGACCAAAUGGGGAUGCUGCGGGGAGGGGAGGGAGCUCCCCAGAGCUGCGUAUUGAGCACCUCUUUACCUGUAAAGAAUGUGGGGCCACCUUCCGACUAAAGGUCCUCCUGGUCCAGCACCAGAGGAUCCACAGUGAGGAAACGGGCUGGGAGUGCCGCGACUGCCGCAAGGUUUUCCGGGGCAUGUCUGAGUUCAAGGCCCACCGUAAGAGCCAUGUGACCCCUGAGCCCCCAAGGCCGGGUCCGAGCGGCCCCGCCCAGGAGGUGGUCCAGGAGAAGCGCGAGCAGGCGGAGAAGGAGGCCAAGCCCUUCCAGUGUGAGGAGUGUGGCAAGCGCUUCAAGAAGAACGCGGGCCUGAGCCAACACCUGCGUGUGCACACCCGAGAGAAGCCUCUGGAAUGUCAGAAGUGUGGGCGACCGCUCAAGACCAGUGCCCCCGGGGCCCAGCAGCAGAAGCCACUGACCUGCCGGGCCUGCAGCCGGGCCUUGCAGGAGGACCAGCAUGUGCCCCCUGGUCACCAGCCCUUCGACUGCGAGGACUGCGGCAAGUCCUUCAGCGGCGUUGGCGGGCUGGCCGAGCACCAGCGCGUCCACAGCGGUGCCAAGCCCUACGGCUGCCCGCAUUGUGGCAAGCUCUUCCGCCGCAGCUCCGAGCUCACCAAGCACCGGCGCAUCCACACCGGUGAAAAGCCCUAUGCCUGCAGCCAGUGUGCCAAGACCUUCCGCCAGAGCUCCAGCCUCCUGGAGCACCAGCGCAUCCACACCGGCGAGCGGCCCUACGUCUGCGGCGACUGUGCCAAGGCCUUCCGUGGGCCCUCCGACCUCAUCAAGCACCGCCGCAUCCACAGCGGAUUGAAGCCCUACGAAUGUGAGCGCUGCGGCAAGGCCUUCCGCCGCAGCUCAGGCCUAAGCCGCCACCGGCGCACCCACAGCGGUGCACGGCGCUGCGAGUGCCCCAAGUGCGGCCGCGUCUUCAAGCGGCGCUCGGCCCUGCAGAAGCACCAACCCGUGCACCGCGAGUAGAGGGCCACCCGGCCACCAAGGAGGAGACGAACUGUUUUGUAGUGCUUCUAGGUUUUCUUGUCAAGGGUUGAAACAGUUUCUACUGCCACCAGCAAUUUCCAAGUGUCCAUAUUUGCCGUGACACCCAUCCAAGAGCAGCGUUGACCAUUGGAUGUUCUUGUGACUCGUUCCAGGGAUUGAGCUAUGUGUACCUCCAUCCACGCCAAAGAGAAUGGGUUUAUUUCGGUGUGGGGUGGUUGGUCACAGGUCAUCUACUGCCUACGUGGGGCCACAAGUGGGGGAAAGUAGGGGUCCAGGCUGGGAGGUGUGACCGAGAGCAAAAGUAACCAGGUCUCGGCCUAUGGAGACCCCGAUCCAACAGGAUCCUGUUUCCCAAAGAGAAGAUUGCCCCACCUGUUCUUGGGUUUACUUGAAUUUAUUACCUGUUAAGGGGUGUAAAUACAAAAGUCAAAUGUCUUAUACUACUUAAUUUAUUACUUUAGGUGGCUAUAUGCCGUGUAAAUCACAUGACCUAGAAUAUAAUAUAUUUGUUUAGGAACACGCCCUUUUCACCCCUGUGCCCUUUCAUGAGAUCAUCUGCCUCUAACGCCACCUGUGCAUUUCUUUGCCCCACUGCCAUGUUCCCCACUUGAUCCAAAGCACAUUGGGUUGGACUCCAUGGGACUGACCCCAGCCCCGGUGGAGAUGCCCGCUAUCCCACUGGCUGCACCCCCACCCCCUCCACAGGCACACUUCACACUCAGACCAUUGCUUGCUUGUAUGGUUUGAUUUUCUUCAAUAGUUUGACAGUGUCAGCUCUGGUCGUCCCGCUUUGGUUACGUGACUUUAGGAGGCACUCCGCCUUCUUGUGUGUGUUUUCCGAAGCCAGGUCGAUCUGGCACACCCCUCUGCAGAUCCCCAACUUGCUUUGAUGAGGUGGUUUGGGGCCCAGUGCGGCUCAUGCAGCACUUUGUGGUUCCAAAUGGACUCAACUGUGGCAGCUCCUUCCUGAGAAGAGUUGGGGAGCCGGUGUCUCUCACCCCGUCAGGCCACUGUGGGGCUCUUCGCCCUCCGUUUGCUCCUCUGUCAUGUGGUGUGGCCCCACGAGCACCUGGCUGGGAGAUAGCGUGCAGUCACAGUCUGCCGUUGCCGCUAGUUCCCAAACCCCAGCCUCUCCAGUGAGGACUAAAUCCCAUUUCCAUUGUCUUGCAUGCAAAUUGUCUGUUCAUCUCCUCUGACCAAGUUACCUUGGGAUAUAUUAUUGACUUUAUAGCGCAAUUCUCUCUCUCUCUCUCUCUCUAAUCGAUGGUGGUGGUUCUUUUUCUCCAUUUUUAUUGCUUUGCUUUUUGUAACAGUUUGAUGAUGUUUCCGCUGUGAUCCUUUAAUGCCACUGUAUUCCGGCAUUUCAUCUUUGUUGAUUAAGCCAUUACUUGAAUCAUUUCAUCGCUGCAAUCCUCGGAUAUGAUGACGUUUUCCACUGGAAUUUCCAUUACAAAUUCAAAAGUGGAAAGCCCUGCCCCCUUGAAGGGGAAGCAGCCCCAUUGGGCUGGGUGGUGAAGGGGCGUGUUCCUCAUCCGACAUGUCAACUCCGUGUACGUGGUGGACAUCACGAGAUUGUCCAGCUUGACCACUCAGGCACUAGAAAUUUCUACCACGGAUUGGCCAGAACAUUCUAUGCCUGUUCUUCACACUUGCCCUGGCUGCCAGCUCCAGGGCCUGACCUCACUGAGGUCGAUGGGGUGGUCUUGGCAGCAGCCAGCCAUCUUGCCAGCUACUGGGAGCAUUGCCAGUGCCUGGCGUUGAUGUGGUAACUGGUUCAGCCAGGGCCCACCCAAGAGAUCUCUGCAGAUAUGAGAAGACCCACCGGCCUGACACUGCCACGCAGGCCAUCCCCUUCUCACAAGAGACUCCGAAACGAGAGAGGUCGGUCUGCUGGGGUUUGCUUGCUUCAGGCAACUAGGAGGCAGUUGACCCACAUGUCUGGGCAUAACUCCCGGUGAGGGGCCGUGCCCCCGUAGUGGCCUGUGUGUUACAGUGAGGCUGGCCACCUCCAGCAGCUGUGCCCCAAAGGGCAGGAGAGCAAGGGCUUGGAGCAAAGUCACGCCCUUUUUGUGGCCCUGAAGUCAAAAGUUGUCGCUGCCAGUGGCCUUAUCUAGGGGUGACAGCUACAAGGGCUGGAUGAGCUGCCACCCAGCCCACAGGAGGCCUGGUAAGAAACCAGGCCUUUCCACAGGCCACAAAGGCUGAGGUGGAACUUACCAUUUGGCCCAUCUUAGGUGGGCUUCUCGAAGGGCCCCGAUCCUGGGAAGCAAGGUCUGCCAUCACCCACCGUGACCUUGGCCCCUGGCUCAUGAUAGAGCGUUUCCUUUCUCUCUGGGCCCUAGUUCUUGCCUUCGCUUUGAAACUGUCUAAAGUCACUCAUUUUCCAAUCUGGUUUCUCUCUUUCAAGCUGUUGUGUGUUGUGUACGAAUGUGGCCAUGGGAGGGCGGAAGAGCGUGCCUGCCUGCCUUGCCCUUCUGUUGGCCUGUGUGGUGCGACUUCACUCCUCUGACCUGCCUUCCUUUGCCUUCUCCCAUCUGGGCUUCUAGAAUCGUCACCAGCCCUCUCUCCAAGUUAACACUACAGACCGCGCGCAUCUUCUCCAUCACCGUUGAUGGAAUGGCUUUUCGUGGUGCUCGCUGGUGAAGUCUGCUCUGUCCAAACGCAGUCUCUGUGUUGUCACUUUGUCAUGUCGCUUUGCGGAGUUCUUUUUGACCCUGGCCCUCGAGGGGUGGGUUCCUCGAGGUCUUGAGGUGUCCAGCGAGGCCGGGUACGGACUGUGACACAGCGUACUUGUGUGUGUGCUUGCCUAUGCAUUUGUGUAUCUACCUCAUUUCUUUUCUCCUCCUGACCACGUGUCCUCCUGACAAGGACGACGACGAGCAGUUCAGGGGCAGCAGCGCUGGCUCCUGUUCCAAGUUGAUCUUUUUCUUAACCAGAUUAAGGAAGAAACCCUCCGUUGCUUUUAUUAGAGUUUUGAAUACUUGUUGAACUUUUCAAAAGGAUGUACUUGUUUACCAUUUUUGCUGCUUACUACAGAUUAACUCUGUUGGUUAGUUGUGUUAUACCUGUCCUUGCAUUUCUGGAAUAAUCCCCACCCGACCUCAAUGGGCAUCUUUCUCCUGUUUGCUUGAUUUGGACUCAGAAGGCAUGGCGCCUGCCCUGCCCGUGGCCCUGUGGCCAUGUGUGCCACUGGAUGCCCUAUUCCUGCCCUGCCCUGCCCUACCCCCCAAGCCAUGGUAAUUCAACCGCACCCCAACCCUCAACCUGAGGACAGCGACCUACCAGCAGAUCGACCUGCCUCUGGGAGUGAGGAGCUGGCCUUUCAACGGAGAGAGUCACUCUGCCCACAGGGGCAGCCUGGCCAAUAAGAUCUUUGUGUUCUUUGGGCCCCUGUGUCCUUCCCAGCCACCGUAGUGGCCAGCAGCAGCGAGUCUGCUUCUCAAGCCAGAGUUGCUUGACUGUUCCUAGCCGAAGUGCCCUGACGGGCCACCUGUUUAAAGGGGA